AUGGGUUGCUGUUCCUGCUGCAUCGACGAGAAUCACGACUUGAAGUAUGCCACGCCAGACCGCGAACCACCAGACCCGGAACUAUUCCCUCAUUAUUUGCAAAACAAACAGGGACUUUGGCUUCACUUCACUGAGUGGGCACCGCCGCGGGAUGUACCAAACGUACGCGGUGUACUUUUUGUCGUGAGUGGACUCGGUGAGCACACCGCUCGUUACGGUGGUGUGGGCCGUUACUUCUCUCGUGAAGGGUAUCACGUCUUUUGCAUGGACAAUCAGGGCGCAGGCGCCAGUGAGGGUGAACGAUUGUACGUUGUGGACUUUGAAGACUUCGUUGAUGACAUCUUCCUUUUCAGGAGGCGUGUGUUUUCCCUUUACCCCGAGUAUGCAAAACUGCCGCGCUUUCUGCUGGGUCACUCCAUGGGUGGCCUUAUAGCCACACAUGUUUCUCUUCGUGACCCAACGAGCUUUGCGGGGGUUGUACUCAGUGGACCGGCAUUGGAACCCGAUCCGAAAAUUGCCACCCCCUUCAAGCGGUGGCUAGUUGGUGUGCUAUCAAGCUGUGCGCCGAAGUUUGGCGUGGACAGCAUCGACCCAAAGUUAGCUAGCACGAACCGCCAGGUGGUGGAGCUAAUGGAACAAGACCCUGUUUAUUUUAAGGUGAAGCUUACCACUCGGUGGGCCAAGACGAUGCUUGACGCCAUGGAAUCCGUAUGGGAACAUGUUGAGAGAGCCACCUACCCGCUGUUAAUUGUACAUGGCGCGAAGGACGCCCUUUGUCCAGUAAGUGGGUCGAGGAGACUGUUCAGUUGUGUACCGACUACGGACAAGCAGUUGAUUGAGUACCCUGGUUUAGGUCAUGAAGUGUUGACGGAAGUACGCUGGAGAGAAGUACUCGGUGACAUAUUAAAAUUUCUUAAUGCACAUUGCCAGUAG